AUGAACUCCAGCCCAGAUGCAAGGGUACCAAAGUGGAUUUGUAAGGGCUGUAAGCCGAAGCCGUGUUCUCCUGCUUUAGUCACCGACACAGCUUCCACGCAAGGGGAACUUGUAACACACACCGAACUUCCCCCAUCUCUGUCAGGAAUUGAAGAUCCACUUAUCGUGAGCUCACUUUUAGACCAAAUGAAGCUCCUUCGGGUUGAAUUGGCCGCAGUGACGCAUGAGGUGUCUUCGUUUAGGCAGGAGCUCGCGUUAUUAAAAGGUACGUUAAGCGAAGUAGGUAAAAGGGUCGACAGCGUAGAAGCACGAUUGACUCAACUUGAGAAUAAAGCACCGUGCACCAUUUCAGAGAGCCAUUUACUGGAAGAUUUUGCCAAGUUGAAGUCGGAUCUUAAUGAGCGCGAACAGUCGUGUCUAUUAAACGACAUCGAGAUUACAGGUAUCACAGAACGGAAUGAGGAAAAUCUGCAUCAUGUCACAGGCCUUAUUGCAAGUAAAAUCGGAGUCACCUUGGACGAGCGCGACGUUGUUUACGUUGAACGCUCAGGACCGCGGCCGGCUUAUAAUGAAACCGGUGAACGAUCUCGCCCGCGCCCUAUCGUAGUGCGACUAGCGCGCCGCUCGAUUCGCGAUCAACUACUGCGAGCGGCGCGCGUGCGACGCGGGGUUGAUACAACGGGCCUUGAAAUAGACAAGGAACCCAAGCGGUUUUAUAUAAAUGAGCGUCUGACAAAAACAAACCGUGUCUUGUUCUAUCAUGCACGAGAGGAAGGCCGUCGCAAUGGGUGGCGUUAUAUUUGGAUCCGCGAGGGGCGAAUAUAUGCGCAGCGGAGUAAAGAUACUGCGGCUCAAAGGAUAAAAACACAAAAUGAUAUUUCUAAGGUAUAA